AACGCCCUGACUGGAAAUAUAGAAUCGUCCCGAGACGUAGUGUUGUCGCGGAAGCGACAACUAUCGGUAGUUAAUGAUAUCGUUACAUAAGUAUCUACACCGAGGUGCAGAAUCCCGCUACCUGGUCGGUCCUCUUGGUGCACAAGCCAAUUUUGAUCAGACGUCAAUAAUCGUUUAUCGAGUUUUAUGAACGUCUCGACGUUUAUCCAUGCACAAGUCACUUGGAAAAAUUGCCAAAAGACUUUACGGGCCAAGAUUGUUAUUCAGCUGUCAAGUAAAUGCGAAAGUGAGAAGUGUGAGUCUUUGCGCCGCAAGACGUAAGGUCCAUAUAGCAAUGCUCGACGAAGAAAAGAUUCGUGACGUCGAGGUGGUAAAUCCUGAGAUUAACGGUCUGUCGUGGCUACACGGAGCAGCACCAGGCUUUCCUGUCCGUGGAUCUAAGAUUACGAUCAUUCACGAGCCUUCCAUCUUUUACUCAACUCUCUUGGAAAAAUGUCAAACAGCUCAGAAGAGAAUAACCCUUGCCUCGCUUUAUUUGGGUACAGGAAAAUUAGAAACAGACCUGGUAUCUACGAUAGAAAGUAGUCUAAAGGCAAGCAACGGUGGAAUUAGGGUGACAAUUUUGCUGGACUACAUGAGAGGCUCCCGAGGUAAAGUCAACUCUCGAAAAAUGUUGGAACCACUGCUUCGCAAGGAAUGGAGUCAAUGCUGCACCGUGUUCCUAUAUCAUACACCGAGACUUCGCGGAUUGUUAAAAGCUGUAAUUCCUGAUCGAUUCAAUGAACUGAUCGGCCUGCAACACAUGAAACUGUACAUGGUGGACGACGCGCUUAUCAUCAGUGGAGCAAAUUUAAGUAACGACUACUUCACCAAUCGGCAAGACAGAUACUUCCUGAUCGAAGACUGCAAAGAGCUCUGUGACUUCUACGACAAUUUAGUUAAACGUGUGGGAGAGUUCAGUUUCCGACUCUUGCCUGACGGAGAGACAACCUACGACACCGAGAUAGAUUCUCAUCCAACCAAGAGCUCUCACGAGGACUUUGCCGAAGCUGCUGCAGAGAGGAUACGUACUCUCUUCCAGGAGGAGAUGAAUAAACACACCGAGGCCACAAAACGUGAGGACUCUUCGGAGUCAGACACAUGGGUCUUUCCUCUCGUACAAAUGGGACAGCUAAAUAUCUGGCACGACAGCGAAGUGACCUUACGUCUUCUACAGACAGCACCUCCUGGAGCGACUCUCAGGUUAGCGACCGGUUACUUCAAUCUAACCUCCGAGUAUGGAACCGCCCUGCUCAAACAAUGCCAAGCAUCGUGUCAACUUCUAACUGCCCACCCCUCGGCUAAUGGCUUUUUUGGUGCAAAAGGAAUCGCUGGAGGUAUACCAGCAGCGUAUACAUACAUCGAGGACACCUUUCUCAAGACAUGUGAGAGGUUAGGCCAGGAAGAGAGAGUUACCCUCUGGGAAUUCACCCGUCCAGGAUGGACCUACCACGCCAAGGGUCUUUGGUACUCCCAUCCAGGACAACGGAAACCCUGCCUCACCCUCGUGGGCUCCCCGAAUUUCGGAUACAGAUCGGUUCGCAAGGACUUGGAGACCCAGGUAGCCGUAGUGACUCGUAACGAGCAAUUGCAAGAGGCAAUGCAAAACGAGCACGAGAGGUUAUUCUCCAGAGCCCAUCCCGUCAACAGGAAGAACUUCACCGAACGAGAGAGAAUAGCGCCACCCUGGGUCUGUGCCGCCGUCGCUUUCUUCCGAUAUUACUUCUAACCUAACCUAGAACACUGGAACACUCGUCUACACCUUCAACGAUGAAAUAAAAAAAA